AUGUCGCGUAGAUCCAUCUUCGGCCGGUCAAGGAAGCACCACACGAUUCCUUACAGCACAGACGUGGACACAAACGUCACACACUGGCGGCUGGAAAGCGUCCAGUACAAGGGGUCCAACGACCAAGGUUCCGAGGAAGAGCGGCCGGUCCGCGACUUUGCCUAUACUGCCUGGGUAACUGUUGAUGACUUCAAGCCGUUGGACGACGGUGAGGGCACCAUUGAGUUUGUGACUAGUGCCAACGUGGACAUGGCAAUGUCGGUUGACAAUGGCCUGUCUGCUAUUGAUAUUCGCGGCGCCGUCGGCGGUGAAGCCAUCCCUGGUAUCUCCAGCGGAUACUCCAGCAAGCCACAAUCAUCAGUCGAGCCCGAAUCCAAAGAGGUAUCAACCAUUCUUGAGACUUCUGUCGAGCCUGUGUCGAUUGAUCCCACAGACGCAAGCGAAAAUGCCUCUAUGGUCGGCCCGUCUGAGCCUGUUUCGGAGUCAGAAACUCCAGCAAAGACAGAAGAUGUAGAAAUGCAAGAUGCUUAA